AAUGUCAAUGUGACAAUUGACAUGCAAAUUCAAAAUAGUUUGGAUUGAAUUGAUUCAUUUCAUUUUCAUAAUCAUUUCAUUUCGUCCAUCGACCUUUAGAAUGACCUCAAGGUUGAAUAGUCAAUAGGAAAUUAAAUGCGCAUGCGUUAGUAGAAUUCCGUCAAACAGUGUUUGGCGCGCUGAUAAUACGAGGUAGCUUGAUCACGAUGAAAUUACUUCUCUCAUCAUUAGUCGUUCGCCAGUUAUCGUACGUUUCCCACGUUACGUUCCUCAGUGCGUUUCUUGCUUCGUGUUGAAAUGUCGUGUGAUUAUUUGAUAAACAAUAAGGAAAUGGCUCGACAGAAUGGUAUUGUACAACCUUUGCUAACUGAUUUAUAUCAAAUAACUAUGGCUUAUGCAUAUUGGAAAUCAGGAAAAGUAGAUGAUACUGCUGUCUUCGAUUUAUUUUUCCGCACUAACCCAUUUCAAGGAGAAUUCACAAUUUUUGCUGGACUCGAGGAAUGUCUGAAGUUCUUGGAAAAUUUUCAUUAUUCUGACAGUGACAUUGAAUAUUUAGUUCAAACACUGCCACCCAAUAUUGAACCUGAAUUUUUUGAAUACCUCAAGGAUUUGACAUGCAAGGAUAUCAAAUUAAGUGCAAUUGAGGAAGGCUCUGUGGUAUUCCCAAGAGUCCCGCUAUUGAGAGUUGAAGGCCCGCUCAUAAUUACGCAAUUACUGGAGACGACCUUAUUGACUUUAGUUAACUUCGCAAGCUUGAUGGCUACAAAUGCUGCUCGAUACCGAAUGGUAGCUGGAAAGAAUGUAUCUUUGCUUGAGUUUGGGUUGAGAAGGGCGCAAGGACCAGACGGCGGCCUCUCAGCGAGCAAAUAUUCAUAUAUUGGUGGAUUUGACGGGACAAGCAACGUGCUGGCCGGCAAAAUGUUUAACAUACCCGUGAAGGGCACACACGCACACUCGUUCGUGACGUCAUUCAGCACGCUCGACGACCUGCAUACGGCCGUCCUGCUCCACGCAGAGACACAGAAGCAAUGCAACCUCCUCGAACUGGCCGUAGAGUGGCGCAGGCGACUGUCGGCCGUCAUAGACGUAUCGCCGGAAGAGGCGAGCGAUGGCGAACUGGCCGCCUUGAUAUCCUACGCCCAAGCGUUCCCCUCGGGGUUCUUGGCUCUAGUGGACACUUACGAUGUGAAGAGGUAUAAUUUUCAAGGCUUACCGUCACGACACAGACAGCAUACCAAUGGGCAUUCCGGAUACAAUAGCAACUGUGGAUCCAAUGGUCGUAGAGUUCGAAUAUCGACCAUACGUAGUACGUGUGGAUAUAGCACGGUCGAACGCACACUGAGGAGUGGUCUAUUGAACUUUUGCGCAGUAGCCCUUGCGUUGAACGACUGUGGAUACAGGGCAGUGGGUAUACGGAUAGAUAGUGGAGAUCUGGCGUACCUGUCCGUACUAGCCCGAGACACGUUCCACCAGGUCGCGGAGAAGUUCCAACUGCCCUGGUUCAACCACCUGACGAUUGUCGCCUCUAACGAUAUCAAUGAAGAGACCAUACUCAGUUUACACGAGCAAGGCCACGCGAUUGACUGUUUCGGGAUUGGAACACAUUUGGUGACUUGCCAACGUCAGCCAGCAUUGGGUUGUGUGUACAAAUUAGUAGAGAUCAACGGACAGCCACGCAUCAAACUGAGUCAAGAUGUGGGCAAAGUGACGAUUCCCGGCCAUAAAGAAGCAUACAGGUUGUUCGGUGCAGACGGACACGCAUUGAUAGAUCUACUGCAACGUUCCUCUGAGCCCGCGCCAGAAGUGGGACAGAAGGUGCUGUGCCGACAUCCCUUCCAGGAGUCCAAGAGAGCUUACGUUAUACCGAGCAAGGUGGAACAUCUAUACAAGAUAUAUUGGAAAGAAGGACGCAUAUGCACGUUUCCUAAACCAUUAGUGGAGGUGCGGGAGAGGGUGCAGUCAUCGCUGCGCACUCUACGGCAGGAUAUUAAGAGGAAUCUGAACCCUACUCCGUACAAGGUUGCAGUCAGCGAUGAUUUAUACACAUUCAUACAUGAAUUGUGGCUCCAAAACGCGCCCAUUGGAGAACUGUCAUGAAACUCAUAGGUUUAUUGGUGGGUUAUAAAUUCGUGGUGCAUUCACAUUGUAAGCCAUAUCCAAUAGGAUAUAGUAGGCUUAAUUGACAAAUACAAAUUAGGUUAAUUAUGCAUAUUAUGCAAUAACCAAUAUGCAAAUGUAAAAAAAAAUCAUAUUGCUGUUAUAUGUAAUAGUGAUGUUACUAAUUGUCGGCAAUAGAUUUUGAUAGUGGCGAUGCGACUACGAUUUCAAUUUAUGACUGAAAAGCCGAGCCGUAUCUAGGUUACAGUGGCGUGCACUUCAUAGAUGCAAAAAUGCACUGCCUACCCCAAGGACUCAAUACAAACCUAUACCACACCACCAAAUACAUAGUUGGAUUUUCCAAUUUUUACUUAUAAUGCAUACUUGUUAAAAACCUCGUGCACGCCACUGAGAUUACAUUGAUUGUUGCAUUUAGCUGUAUUAUAGCCAUGUGAGUGAAAAUACUGUACAAUCGUACACAUUAGAUUACAUAUAUAUUAUUAUAUAUGUUUAAGAUAUGUAUCAGAUUUUACAAACUGUGUUGUGUAUGAAAAAUUUUAUGAUUGAAGAAUUAUAGCAUGAUAAGGAUAGCUGAAUAGUAAUAGUUUUCUUUAUAAAAUAGUUAGCUUUUUGUUUUGAUUAGAAAUUAAAAAUUAUCCAUUUAUAAAGAAAAUCUGUGAUAGAUAUCCAAACAGAAUUAUCUACAGAAGAAGUUGCUAGUCAAAAUUAUUUAUAAUUUAUCUUCUUUAGCGUUUUAAACGUGACAUUCCUUUGGCUAUUUCAUCAUGUCUAGUUUUAGAAUAUAUUAGAAUUUUGAAGCUUAAACAUUUUAUUUACGAUACAAUUAUGUAUCGUAAUUAAAUUGGCUUAUACAUUUUAUAUACUAUGUAUUAAUUAUGUCUACUAUGUAACUUCACCGCCCUGUGGUCACAACUUCGGCCGUGGCUAGUUACCACCCUACCAACAAAGUUGGUAGGGUGGUAUGCUUCCAUCUUAGUUUGCAUCAUCACUUACCAUGAGGUGGGAUUAUAGUCAAGAUAUGUUUUUGUACACACUGCAGCUAUACAUUCAGUGUUCAGAGCGGACCUAAAGUUUGGCGUAUAUUACAGUUAGGGUUCAUUUACACGAGUGGCGACUAUACCGACGACCGCAGUCCGUGACGUCUCGGCGGCAGUCGACGGCGGUCGCAGACUGCAGUCGACUCUCACUGGCGGUCGACGGCGGUCGCCAACUGCAGUCGACUGCCGUUGGCUGCCUGCUGUCGGUAGCAGCUGCCGCUCGUGUUAAUAAACACUUAGUUAUUUAGUAUAUUUAAUUAAGUAAUUUAUUUUGUCUACAACGUAAUAACUGCACCACGUUCACAAAAUAUAAUAAUGACGAUUAAUGAAGACUUAAUAGCUUUUAAUUUUUUUAUUUUUAAUCUAUAAUAAAUUUGAAGUUUAGAUACUUAAGUAAAAAAAAAAUACUUAAGUAAAAUUAUUUUUUUUAUUUUGAAAUAUUAAUUAAGUUAACGAUAAAUAUAAUUAAUGUUACAGAAUAAAUUAAUUUAAUCUAAUAUAAUAUUUAUAUGAAUAUAUAAGCCAUAUUAAUUAGGUUUAGAUUAAGUAUUAAUGACCAUUGAAUUUUUAUUUUAUAAUAUUAUGUAGUAAUAUAAUAAUAAUUAGUAAUAACUGAGUUCUGAAGAUUUAUAAUUUAUAUAAAAGGCAUUUUAUUUUAUUAGAAAUACGUCAGAUUUAAACAUUUUUUUAUCAUGUUUUAACACUUCUAAUAUAUAAUCAAUUGUGUAACUACUACAUCGCUUUUCACUAAGAAUAAUAAAAAUAUCUGCUAGUCUUGAUAAUUUGGGAUCAAAAGAUUUAACAAUAAAAGCAAAACUAACUCAAUCAAGUGCCUAUACAGAAAUAAUAAUAAAUUAAUUGUAUGCAGUUUACAGAGUACAUUUUGUUAAGGCAGCUAGAUAUGCUUUAGAUUUUAGAGACAUACUGUUAAAAUUUACGAAACAAUGAAGGUUCUUUGAGCACGUAGUUAAUAUUAUAACUUAACUAUUAUACUUAAAUAUCCUAAUGAGUAUUUUUUUAAUCAAACUUUAUGCUUGACCAAUGUUCAUGUUUUUUUUAUUAAUAUGCAUGCCAAAGAAGCCUUCAUUCACCUUAACUUUUUGAAAAUAAAAACAUUAAUUUUGUAAAUUUCAACUUUUUAAAACACUUGUUACAUUUCAUAAGUGUAGUAUUUGUCAACAGCCUAGACUGUCAAUAGAUGAGUAUAUAAAUACAAGCCUCGGACAAGAGGGGGCAGUUGCACUUUGGUGCUACAGCAGUACGUACCACGAGGUACUUAUGUAGAUAGUGUUUAACCAACUGGAUCACCCAGAGAGUGUGUGCAAACACUACAAUAAGUAAGAAUAUUCUAUUUUUAUUACUUAUAAAAUAUAGAUAUGUAUUUUAGAAUCGCGUGCACAAAAUCUGUAUCAAUAAUAAAUUUUCUAUUUUAGUAGUAAAGAAUUAAUCGAUAAGUAAAAUUCGUUGUCCUUGUGAUUGAAACAAAAAUGCAUAAUAAAGAUAUUUAAUAUAAAUGAUGCAUAUUAAAAACAUUUAAUGAAAAUAUUUAGAUAUUAUGUAGGUACCCGUGUCUCCGUCCUUGAGAACUAUUUCCUUUUUUAUAUAACUUCGCCUAAUCUAUAGUGCGACACAAGAGUAGAAAAAAAAUGAGGGCGGUGUAGUCAGAUAUUGUUGAUCAUAUGGUAACCCUGUGUUCUGCCAUCCACUUGCAACUAUUUACAUUUAUUAAAUUUAAAAGAAUCAUCUAAAUAAAUUAUACUUAUUGUAAUUCGUCUGGUAAUUAUCUUCAUUUCCACUAUGAUUUUAAUAAUUUGAUUAAACUAUCAAUAUUAAUUGGCUCCAUUUUUAUUAACUUCUACUCUUUUAAGUCGCACUGUACCUGCGUAAAAACGCAUCAAAAUCAUUCAGUAAAACCAGAAAAAAGUGAGAACAGUGAAAAUGAAAGUGAAAAUUUAAUACCAUCACGUAAUAGAAAUUAAUAAUAAUGUAAUCGUGUAAUUAUAAAUAAUUAUAGUACAGAAAUUUACGUUUAUUAUUUUAUGUAAGUACAAUCAAGAUUUUUUAAAAUAUUCGUUUUAGUAAACCUCUACUAGUGUAUAGGACUGAUUAAAUGAAAUAUUUGUGGAUUUUUAUUACGAAAAUGUUUAACUUUAAGCAUAUUUACAAUUGUAAAUGAAACUUUUAGUUGUUUGCAAAUUCAUAUAUGUAGGUACUUAUAUGUAUUUUAAAUUACUAAAGUUUCUUAAUCCACAAUAAUAUUUAUCAGGGGUAUUUUUAGAUUUAAUGGUACACUAGGUUUCUAUAAAUAUUGUGAGUGUCUAAAUUUUAUUAAAGUAUAAAUAUAUUCAAUUAUUUAUGGCACAAAAAGUACGAAUAUUACUAAUUUUACUGUUCAAGUUGUCUAAUAACCAGCUGGCCUAUAAUGAAAUAAUAUGUAAACAUAGCACUUUUUUAGCACUCAGACACGAUAAUAAUGAAAUAAAGAAACAAACUGUACAACAAUACUUAAUAUUUAAUUUAAAUGUAUUCACGAAGUUAAUUAAAUCACAUAUAAAAUUAAAAA